AAGCUUCAGGUAACCCAUCGCCGCAGGGAGCCGGGGUCAGGAGCUCCUGAGCUCCGCUCCUCAACUUCCCCCCUCAAAAAUCCGAGGAGGAUAAUUCAACCGCCCAUCGACGAGCAGAACGACGCCCCGAACCAGUGCCCCUCUUCCACAACUUUAUAGCUUCAAACAGACGGGCAGUCCCGCCCCGCCCUCACAGCCUGCGCGCCUCGUGCAGCGGCUCCGCCCCGCCCCGCCCCGCGGUGUGUCCCGGCCGGUCACCGCCGCUCCCAUUCCCAUCGCCACGGGCCGCGGUGUGUCCGUUCCCAUCGCGACGGGCUGCGCUGUGUCCCGGCCGGUCACCGCCGCUCCCAUUCCCAUCGCCACGGGCCGCGGUGUGUCCUGGCUGGUCGCCGCCCCCGUUCCCAUCGCGACGGGCCGCGGCGUGUCCCGGCCGGUCACCGCCGCUCCCGUUCCUAUCGCGACGGGCCGCAGCGUGUCCCGGCCGCCGCCGCUCCCGUUCCCGUCGCCACGGGCAGCGCUGUGUCCCGGCUGGCCGCCGCCGCUCUCGUUCCCAUCGCGACGGGCCGCGGUGUAUCCCGGCUGGACGCCGCCGCUGCUCCCGUCCACCGCUCUCACUCCGGCCCCGCCGUCCCGCCGUUCGCUCUCGGCGCCAUGAGCGGGCUGGGGCCGCAGCGGGAACUGGAGGAGGCCGCCGCCCUGGAGCGCCGGCGGCGGCGGGAGCUGUUUCGGCGGGGCCGCAUCUUCAAUGCACGGAUCCGCACCAUUGGGGUUGAUAAAGAUGCAUUGGAUGCACAGGUCAAGGAGAGGAAAAUUAAAGAAGCAGUUGAAAAAGCAGAACAUGAAAGAUUUGCUCAUGAUAUGAAGAAAAACGACAAGCUCAUGUGUCUGUUGGAAGAACGACAGAAAAAUGAAACCAAAGACUUGAAUAGGGCUCUCGUUGAAUUUCAGAAGAAUUUUCAAAAGCCGGAAACAAGACGUGAAUUUGAUCUGAAUGAUCCGCAAGCCCUAAAGAAAGACAGACCUGCUCGAGUUUCAGACGAUGAUCCUCGGUGUACUAUAUCUGGCAUGCAGAAGUUUAUGGGUGAAGACUUAAACCAUGAUCAGAGGAUGAAGUUUCAAAAGGAGCAGAUAAGGGAGUGGUCUCUUCAGCAACAGAAAGACUUGAAAAAUGCAUUAGCUGACCAAAAAUUGGCAGAUGAUCUUUAUGACAAGUUCAGGGUUGAGCUUGACCGAAAGAUUAUGGAGGAGCAAAAAAAAGAAGAGGAAAGCAGGCGUGCAGUUUGUACAGCUACUAAAAAUUUCAAUAGAAUCCAGGCUGCUGAACUAGAUCAAAAAAAUGAAUUGGAAAAGGCUCAAAAAAUAAAAGAUGACAUGGAUGAAAUUACCUGCCUCCUUCGAGGAGACUUCCUUUCUGAAAACCCUAACCAAGCAAUCGGUCCCUGGGGUAAACAUAAUGUGCUGGUGAAUCGCUGGAAGGGAAUGAGUCAGGAGCAGCUGAUGGCAAUUCGUGAAUUUCAAAAGGAGCAAGCUCUGGAGAAACUGAGAGUAAGAGAGCAGGAACGCCAGAGAGAUGCUGAAUGGGACAGGCAAUGUCUACAGGCUGCAAGAGCCCAGCUGCUUUGGGAGCGGCACCAGCAGCGGCAGAAUCAGGAGCAGCGCCGAGGUUUAGAUUUCAUGAACGCAGUGCUCUCUCAGGAGCAAAAAGCAAAGAACAUUUCUCUUAAAGAGGAAGAAUAUUCAAAUAUUCCAACAGAUGAGUUUUAUGCACAGUUUAAUACAACCACCCGGUGACAAUCUGGAUAAAUCAGCCUGAAUUAUACAGAAAUAUUUCACAGCAGUGAAAAAGACAAUGUCUUCUGUGUGAUGAUAUGAUCAGCUAUCUGGAAUGAGUACAAAUCACAGCUGCUGUGUAGAGGGAUAGCAACCAUCUCUUCCUAAAACAAACUUACAUAUAUUUUCUGCUUCUUAAGAAAGACUUUUUUUAAACUGUGAGUAUGGCAUAAGAACUUUCUAACAUUUAUCAGUUCUUACAAUGAUCCUUCAAAAUAAGAACAAUAAAUUAGAUUAAAUGGUC